GUCGAUGGAACUGAUUGUCGUCGACGGCGAGCCGAAUGAAUGUCGACCGCAAAGCCAACAUUCACUAUCGUUUCGCCACAGAAUUAAAUAGAUUUCACUAAAAUAAAACGGUAAUUUAUAUUAAUCUGUGACUUUUGUGUUGUUCAAACGUAUUAGUUCAAACCAGUGUUAAUAAAAUAUGUAAAAUCCCAGUAAAACAUCGCGAAGUAUUUGGUGCAUUAUUCACAAUUUAGAUCCGGAAACCUACUUACUGUGAACUCUGUGAAACUGUGUCUAGAUUUUUACAUUUUACAAAGACUAGUUUGCUGACUGUAAUGUCUCGAGUAUUGACGAAUUUAAUUUAGGUCGUGGAGAUAACGUGACAUUCGUGUGGCGGUGUUGUCAUGAGGCAGUGAACUCUAGUGCGUACGAACUUGAUUAUUUAAAAUGUUCAGGAGUAAAAUACGGAUACACACGUGCCGGAUAAUAUUGCUUACAUCGUUGGUAUGGCUGUUAGUGGACGUAGCUCUCCUGGCCAUGUACUCCGACUGUUUCGGAGAUGGCUGGGACUGCAGCAAAAAGGCUAGUGAAAAUAUUAUCCAGCAAAGUAAAGAAGAAUACAGAGGGAAGAAAGCAGCCAUAGCAGCUGCCUUACAAAAAGACCAGAUUGAUGAUGAUGACACCAAUUUGGAAGUGAAUGAAGUGGAACAGGAUAUUGGAGAAGAUGGCAUAAUACUCUCACCAUACCCAAGGUCGAGGCUCAAGAGGUGGCAGCCAGCACCUUCAGUGAAACCUAUAGCAGAGUCACCAGGAGAACUGGGUAAGGCGGUGAGCAUUCCGAUUGAACAAGAGAAGUUGAUGUUGGACAAGUUCCAAGAGAAUCAGUUCAACUUGCUGGCCAGCGAUAUGAUAUCACUUAACAGAUCAUUGACGGACGUUCGAUUCGAAAAGUGCAAAGACAAGCCGUACCCCACAUUACUGCCGACGACAAGUGUGGUGAUAGUUUUCCACAACGAAGCCUGGACGACCCUCAUCCGUACAAUAUGGAGUACCAUCAACCGGUCGCCGCGGCCCCUGCUCAAGGAGAUCAUACUGGUCGAUGACGCCAGCGAAAAGGAACAUCUCGGCAAGAAGCUAGAGGACUACAUAAAGACGCUGCCAGUGCCGACGCAUUUGUUCCGUACGGAGAACAGGUCCGGUCUCAUCCGGGCGCGUCUUUUGGGGGCCAAACAUGUCAAGGGUGACGUCAUCACGUUCCUCGAUGCGCAUUGCGAAUGUACAGAGGGCUGGCUUGAGCCGCUCCUGGCGCGGAUCGUUGAAGACCGGACGACAGUGGUGUGCCCCAUCAUUGACGUCAUUUCGGACACCACCUUCGAGUACAUACAAGCUUCGGAUAUGACAUGGGGAGGAUUCAACUGGAAACUGAACUUUAGGUGGUAUCGAGUGCCGGAAAGGGAAAUGGCGCGUCGAGGGGGCGACCGUACAGCGCCACUACGCACGCCCACCAUGGCCGGCGGGCUCUUCGCCAUAGACAAGGACUACUUCUACCAGAUCGGCUCCUACGAUCAAGGCAUGGACAUCUGGGGAGGGGAAAACCUCGAGAUGAGCUUCAGGGUGUGGCAGUGCGGCGGGCGGCUGGAGAUCGUGCCAUGUUCGCACGUGGGCCACGUGUUCCGCGACAAGUCGCCUUACUCGUUCCCCGGCGGUGUUCAGAACAUCGUGCUGCACAACGCCGCGCGCGUCGCCGAAGUCUGGAUGGACGAGUGGGGAGAGUUCUAUUACGCCAUGAACCCAGGGGCAUUAAACGUGCCGGUCGGUGAUGUGAGCGAGCGCCGAGCGUUGCGCGAACGUCUCAAGUGCAAGAGCUUCCGCUGGUACCUCGAGAACAUAUACCCCGAGAGUCAGAUGCCACUCGACUAUUAUUAUCUCGGAGAGAUUCGCAACGCCGAGACAUCGAACUGUUUGGAUACGCUCGGCGGGAAGGCGGGACAACCGCUCGGCAUGGGGUACUGCCACGGAAUGGGAGGAAACCAGGUUUUCGCGUACACGAAGCGUAAACAGAUAAUGUCUGACGACAACUGCUUGGACGCUGCGCACCCGCGCGGGCCCAUCAAGCUGAUACGCUGCCACGGCAUGCGCGGCAAUCAGGAGUGGACUUAUGAUUCCAAGACACGAACAAUUAAGCAUACAAACACAGGCAUGUGCCUUGACAAGCCGGAGUCUGGCGACGUGUGGAAGCCAGUGCUGCGCGCCUGCAACCGCUCGCGCGGCCAGCAGUGGCUCAUGCAGGUCGACUUCAAGUGGCAGGCGCGCAAGGCCGCGCGGGAACACAGCUAGUCGAUAAGGAACUCAGGAAUGACAACGAUUGACCAUACCAGUCUUCCCUCUCGUUAGAUAUCAGAUUUUAUUCCUUAUUCCUAUAUCUGAAAUUUUAUAUCUAUUAGAUUUAAUGUAUCGACACACGUGAACUAUUGACAAUACGAUAGAUGCUGACAUGUUUGUUGUAUUCCCUGUAAACGUUGCUCAAUUUUAGUAUUGCGUCGGAUGUUUUGAAGUGCGCUUUAUUUCACGUUGUUCUUGUUUAGGCGUGUCUAUUACGAAAGAUAUUUAUUGAAGAAUAUAUUAUAUUAUUAUGACUACGAAAAACUAUAUUUUUUUGCUUGUCUGAAGCCAGUGUAUUCUUAAGGUGGGCUGUGCCGGUCCGUAACGACCGGUGGUUGCGCUCAGUUGCAAUUUAGUUAGUACUUGAAAUCGAUAUGAUGCGUAUGCGCAUAACUGGAUGGCUCUCAAAAGAAUACUCUAUGCCAUGACCAGUAACAAUAUAAGUAUUUUUUAUUAAUAUGGUUAAUGUUUGUCUCUCUUUAUAUAUUUACAGCAUUUUCUUUUAUCGUUAAGACGAUUGUUUUUAUUUUUCAAGUAUUCAGGAUAAGUAUGCCACUUUAGCAUUUACGAUUCUGUAUACAUUCUUUUUCUAAUACUGUAUAUUCCAUUCCAAGAAGUACAUUACCUACAUGAAUCAAUACUUCUGAUCUAUCUCGUUGUUUCAAGUAUUCGUAUAGAAUGUGUUUCACGCUCGCGGUGCUAAUCUUUGCGACUAAGAUUUUUAUCAUCGAUCGAUUAGUAAUGCUAGAGGCACAUCAGUGUCAAAUCCAUUAUCAAACUGCCUUCAAGUUGCCACCAAGAUACCGAUAGUGUAAGUUUAACCUGUUCUAUUAUAUAUAUAUAACAAACUGUUAAGUUCACUGCGGCCAUUGUCACACGGGAGAGUAUUUUCAUAAAUGUAUGUUGAGUUAGAUCUAGUUGUCGUAUGUUGUUUCGAUAGUUGUCACAAUCGCGUUUGUUGCGAUGUCACACUACUUCGACUGUGAGAUUAUUAUACUUGUAGCUGAGGGGACUGUUCCGAAUGCCUGUUGUUACAUCUGCAAGCCCUGUGACGUCACACAAUUGACAGCAUCUGACGCUUUACUCCUUGCAGGUGUUACAACAGUUAUAUAUUUUAAUACAACUGUUGCCUUAAUUAUUUUUAUGAUGUUUCAAAUCAUGGCGUUAUUGUUAGGAGUUAAUGAAGUAAUGAUAAUAUUUUAGUGAAUAUAUAUCAUAUUAAAAGGCUUGAUGGAAUUGCCUUUAUUAUGAUUUUGUCGUAUUAGUGUUAGCUAAGUGGAAGAUUAGCAAAUUUUCAUUCCUUUAUAAUUUAUUAAAAUAUAUUGUAUGUAAUUAUCAUAAUACAUCGGGCCCUGACAACGAAAAUAUGAUAAGGCGGCUAUUAUAAGAUGUCGCGAAUGUGACAUUAUUUCCAUUAAAACAUAUUAAUUUAGUUGAAAACAAAGGGCCGAGACUGUUCCUCUCGAUGCCGAAUUAUUUAUGUACAUGAGUUUGGUUAUAUUUUAAAUUGGUUAGUGAUUUGAUUUAUGUAGCUUUUUCAAUUUAUUUAUAAAUUUAAGAUCAUAUCACUAUGUAAAAUAAAGAUAUUGUAAAUUUUAUCAUAGACGUAGAAAUUUUGCAAGUUUAUUUAUUUACCUAAAUUGUAUACAGUACAUCACGGUCUAUAGUUGUAUAAAUAUACAAUAAAAUAUUCAGUAAAUAUAGAUUUUCAAGGAUUUCUGUUCAACCGACACUAUUUUGUAUAUUGUUGAAUGUUUGUAUCGCUCAGGCUCGGCCGCGCACUGCGCUCGCCGCGGCUCAGUAUUAGUCAUGUAGACGAUUAUUGUAAUUAUAUUGUACAUAAGUUGUUACUUGAAGAAUCGUCCAUAAAACACACCAGAAUGACGUUGUGUUCAUCGUUAAAGCAUUUAUUUGUCUAAGGUUUGAAUCUCAAGAACUAUAUUGAUGGAUUUAUAACCAAGAAGUGCCAAAUUCAUCACCAUGCCUAUGUUUGUAACAUUUUUCACCAUUCCAAUAAACAAAGAAAUCUAUAUUGUGACUAUGACAAUUGAAAUAAAUUAUUUGGACUGAC